UUGGCUCUUGGAGACUUAGAAAGUGAAAAUGGGUAGACGAAAAAACGAAAACAAGAUUGGUAAAGGAAAGGUUACAGCUGUACAAAUUGGCUUCAUCGUAGAUCGAUACCUCUCUGAUAAUAGUUUUACGGAAACUAGAACCACUUUCCGCUCUGAAGCUUCGCAUCUUCUCGCUAAGUCUCCCGUUAAUGAGGCGCCAAGGAGUUUAUUGAGUUUAGGAGAUAUGUUGGAUGAGUACGUAAGUUUGAAAGAGCAGAAAGUGUUUUUGGAUCAAGAAAAGUGUAGACUGGAUCAUGAAAAAACACGCCUUCACAAUUUACUAAAUGGGAUGCAACAUGUUAUGAAUGCUUACAAUGCUAGUGCGAAUUUAACGCUGCCUUCCUCAAUUGCUGCUGCUUCUUCAAUGCCCCACACAGGUGCUUUGCCAAGCAUAGUUAAUGGAUCUUCCCCAGUAACAUCAGGUUAUUAUUCCGCAUACAAAACUGCAGCUCUGAUGUCAGCAUCAAGGCCUUCAAACACUGCUCUAGAUACCAUGAAAUUUUCUAAUGCAAAUUCUGUUCCGUCAACCUCAAAAAGAAAAGGCUUCAAAGACGUUUCUGCAGCUCCCGUAACUGCCAAGAGAUCUCGUAAACACUUGAUCACUAACCAGUUGUCACUUAAAGAUUCUAGUACAGACGCACAACCAACAAGUUCUGCUAAACACAACAACAUUGUGAAUGAUUCUGCAGUUCAGUUAUCAGAUCCUGCGACUUCAUCUGAUAAGAGACCAGUUCAAGGAUCUAGUGUUGUCAAGUCUUUGUUCAAUCAGCUCAUUCAGUCCCCUCCAACUAAUUCUUCUGGCCCUAAAACACCACCAAAAGCAUCUUCAUCCCAAACUGACAAAUCUAUCUCUCCACUGGAAGUUUGUUCAACUGCUACUUCCAGCAAAAAUAUUACACCGUCUCGUGUAACAGCCACCAAUUGCACAAUCAUCUCGUCAGAAACAAUUCGAGUGAGCCCUUCCAAACAAAUAUUUUACUCAAUAGAAAGAAAUCACUGCAUUUCAACAUCCUCACCAGUAAAGACCAACCUGAAGAGGCCUAUUAGGCGAGAUCAAGUAAAAAGUAGGCUGGACUUUGAUGCCCCUGAUAACAUGCCAUGUAAUUCAGAAAUGACAGCUGGCCCUGACAUGAUCUCGACAUCUGAAUCUGAGAAAGAAGGAGAUGUUUUUGACUUAGAUUUGCCUAAUUUAGAUGCUUUAGGGGUGGACUUUAAUCUUUCUGAACUACUAUUUGAUUUUGGCCUUGACGGAGAGGGGAUUGAUUAUUCUUGCCAGGAAACAUUGCAUUCUUCCCCAGAUUCUUUUUCAGGGUCACCUGAUGAAUCAGGAAAUGUCAAUACUGAUGGAAACCAGAUGACUUCUCAGAUUUCGUCGACAGUUACUGAAGUCUUUUCAGAGCAAGACAUGAAUUUACUAGGUUCAGAUUCCGUGACCACUACAAAAUCAGUAACUAAAUGCAUUCAAGUUUUAAGCCCUGUUAAGAGUAUCAAAAGCUUGAGGGAUUAGGAGAACUAUGUGCAAGAAAUUGUCCAAAUUCGUACACAGAUGACUACUGACGCUGAAAGGCCUUACUUAAUCACAGUCGACUGGAUUUAUGCAAACAACUGGAUUUACCAAAUUAGUUUUACAUAUUGACUGUUCAUUCAUUAGCAAAAGGGUGUAAGUGCAUUGGAUUAGGAUUUGUUUCCAUAGAAUUAGCAGCUGCAGUCCUAGCCAGAAUGUUGAUUAUAUGUAGCUUAUUGCUAAACAUAUUAGGAAUUUGUAUAAAUUUAUUAGACAUGAAGAAGCUUAUAGCAAAUUUGACUAUGAGAAAAUCUGAUUA